AUGGGGACAGCAGCUGGUAUCAAUAAUAGCAGCACUUUUGUGUUGUUGCUAUGUUGAGAGAAGUGGCAGGACGUUUUCUCAUGGAGCUCUCCGCUGAAAGAGGUCACGGAAGAUACCCGCCAUCUGCACUGGACUCCAAAACCCCCCCUUUAUAAAGGACAGAGAGGGGGACAGUUGGACCGGCUUCAUGAUAAGAAUGUGCACGGAUGACUGUGAUCUGCGCCUGCGAGGCCUGGGCACUUGAAGUAAUUGCAGUGGAAGCUGAUGCAUCUGUGAACAGACGGUCUAACUGCUGCAUCAUCCUAUGUGGCAGCUUGGGGUUUUGUGUGUGUGUGUGUGUGUGUGUGUGUGUGUGUCUGCACCAACUCUGCAAGAAUCAACAAGAACAGACACGUUCCUGAUUCAGCUGGAGGACCAAUGAGGGAGAGUUCAGGAGCUCUGGUGAAGGCGGCGGAUGGACGGCUGAACGCCGGCGCCGUGCGUUAAGAGGAGCAGGUGGAUGGAGACGCUCGCGGGAUGCAGCUUUGCAGCAGGUCAGCGCGGCUCCGCAGCGGCUGGACUCUGUGCGCGCUGCUGAGGGACAUCUCGCCGCUGUGGACAUGAGAUGAGGAUGAAGUUUUCUGUCUAAAAAAUCUAUCUUGCUCUUUCACCACAUCUCUACAGCUGGGAUGUGAUACUUGUGGUUCCUCGUGCAUGAAAACCCAGAGCACCGAGCCCUCGGACCCCGAACUCUCAAACCAGUUCCCCAGGACUAAUGUAACACCUGAGGUCCCUCAACCCUUAUUUCUCCUAUUUAAUAUCUACCGUCUCUGAACACCUCACCAUUUUUAGAUGUUUAGAAUCCUUUGAUUCCCUUGAACCCUCCCCGCCAUCAUGGCCUUAGAUCAGUGGCCCUUCCUCUCGACUCCCCCCAACACCUCCAUCCCCGAGCCCCUCCUGUACGACAGCUACAUCCAAGGGAAUGAGUCCGACCUGGAUCUGAACAUCUCAGAGACCAGAGAGCCUCACCAGGACAAGACCAGCUCUGUCGUCAUCACCUUCAUCUACUUUGUGGUGUGUGCCGUGGGGCUCUGCGGCAACGCCCUGGUCAUCUACGUCAUCCUGCGCUAUGCCAAGAUGAAGACGGUGACCAACAUCUACAUCCUGAAUCUGGCGGUGGCAGAUGUUCUGUGCAUGAUGAGCCUGCCGUUCAUCGGCAUGCAGCUGGCACUGGUGCACUGGCCCUUUGGAGAGGCUCUGUGCAGGGUGAUCAUGACUGUAGACUCUCUCAAUCAGUUCACCAGCAUCUUCUGUCUGAUGGUGAUGAGCAUCGAUCGAUACCUGGCUGUGGUUCACCCUAUUAAAUCCACAAAAUGGCGGAAGCCCCGUGUAGCCAAGCUAAUUAACCUCACAGUCUGGAGUGUGUCGCUGUUAGUCAUCCUGCCAACCAUGAUCUUCAGCGGCCUGGACAAGGUGCCAGUGUGUGGCAUCGUGUGGCCGGAGCCUCAGGACGUCUAUUACACAGCCUUCAUAUUCUACACCUUUUUCAUCGGAUUCUUCCUGCCCCUGGCCGUCAUCUGUCUCUGCUACCUGCUUAUUAUAGUCAAGGUGAAGUCUUCUGGCAUGAGAGUGGGUUCCACCAAACGCAAACGUUCAGAGCGUAAGGUGACACGGAUGGUGUCCAUCGUGGUGGCGGUGUUUGUCCUCUGCUGGCUGCCGUUCUACGUUUUCAACGUCACCUCCGUCACCGGCUCCAUCAUACCCACCUCCGCUGUGAAAAGCACCUUCGACUUCGUCGUGGUCCUCGGCUACGCCAACAGCUGCGCCAACCCCAUCCUGUACGCCUUCCUGUCGGACAACUUCAAGAAGAGCUUUCAGAACGUUCUGUGCCUGAAAAAGGUGGCAGGCCUCGACGAGAUAGAGCGCAGCGACAGCAGGAUGGACAGGAGCAGAACGGUUAACGACGCAGUAAUCAUCAACGCCAACUUGGAGACUCACAAUGCUGCCCUGCUCAAUAACGAGCUACAGACCAGCAUCUGAGGGUAAAGGAGCAGCAGUCGCAUCCAGGGAAGCCAGUGCACUGCCAGUGACCCCUGCUCAAAGAUGCGGGGGCAGGAGGAUGAUGUAAUAGCUGCUGCUCAUGGACACUGACACAUGAACAAAGUCUAAGUGAAAAAUAAACAAUUUCUUAAGGGUUUUCAAAGGUCAGGGAAAGUACACUGACUCCAGCUCAAAACUCUUGAUAUUUGGGUUAAUGAGGUAACUCGAGCUGGUUAGCCCUGAGGUGAAGCAACACUGAAAGGAUUUUCAACACUGUAGAGACAACAGUUGUUGAAAUCAGACAUAAAUGAAACUGCCGCUCAUGCUCACCAGCUGGGCCUCUAUCAAGCUGUCAGAAAACACGCAGACUGAACCACAAUGGAAACGAGACGCAGGAUCAGGGAGCGGACUGCUGUGGAGUUUUUUCCAGAGCUAAGAGGGUUCGACAUUGAUUUGUCCGAAUGUGAAAAUACUACUGAAGAAGUCGGCCAAACAUUUCCAGAUAGCGCUGCAACUCUCUAGACUUUGAAAGAGAGAAAGCAACCAACAACCCGAAAGACGAAUACGGUCAUGUUUUAUUCAUACAAGCUGAUUAGUCUGGUCUGACACAUCGACGCGGCAACAAAAUGGCAAACCCCUGCAAACAUAAAUACCCACAAACAAAGGAUGCUCUUUCCCCUCACUAGCUGGCGUCUCUGUUGGAGGUGCAUUGAUCCGUAAAUGCUUGAAUUUAACAUCUUGGGUUAUUGAUUAAACGGAAGGACGGAACAAUGUCGCUGAAGCCACUCUGGCCUUGCUCAGUUCAUAACAACAUGACUUUGUAUAUAGGAAAUGGUUUUCUGUCUACGUGUGUGUGUGUGUGUGUGUGGGGGGGGGUCUACACAUGGACGACUUCAUGUCCCAACCAAAAUGAUUUCAAAGCCAAACCCUGCUGUAAAAUUCUGUAUUGUUGUGAUAUGCACCAAGAAUAGCAUCGAAACUAUGUCUGUGAAACCAUCAUGCGUACUUUAUGCUUCACUGUGUCCUGGUCUUUACCCCCCCCCCCCCCGGUCUUUAACCCCCCCCCCCCGUGCCAGUGAUGCAGUUAUAAAGAGCCCAUUUCUACUUCUUGUAAAGUGCUGUGUUUGGACAUUGUAAGAUUUCCUCCUGAUUUCAUGUUGAGAUGUGGUCACCGUCCUCAGCUGCACAUUUGGUUCGCUUGCAAAAAUGUCUAACUUUCCCAGAAGGCAGGAAAAUGUGUCACUUUGUCCAAGUGGAAGGGAGAGAGGGGAAUAAGGAGAUUUUAUAUAUAGAAAGAAAGAAAGAAAGAAAGAAAGUAAAGUUUGUGUAUUUGUUUAAUUCCCAUUACAACAGUCUCACAUGAUGGCUGUAUUGGAGGUUGCCAGUUCUUGGGAAACAACAACCGACAGCAGCUGGUUUCAUUUCACUCGUGUAUCUACACAUCAAACUGCAUCUCUGUGCUGUCGUGACAUAUAACUGAUCAUUUCUCUAUUGAUUGAUUAGUGCGUUUGGUUGACAUUCAAUUUUCCAGCUCAACUUGAGUCUUGAGCUUAUGGGACGUGAAGUACAAAGUCCAUGGCCCGGUACCCGACACCUACCACCCUCUGUAUAUUAUGUAUGUACCAACCGUUACUCCUGUGAUGGAGUAACACCAACACAUCCCAAGUUUUAUGUGCCAGUUUGCGAUAACUUGAUUUUAAGUAUGCCUCAUAUUAGCACAACAUGAACUCAAAUACUAUAUUUCAACAUGGGGCAUUUUUUAAAAAUAGACUGAGCCACUAGAUUAGUUAAUGAUGCGGGAAGUGCAUCCGGCCUUAAUGUAUUUUAGUGGCGUUUCCCACUUCGCCUCUUCUGGAAAAAGACAGACUUUGCUCAGAUUGUACAUAUAAUUUACAAACUUGUGGAUUUAAUACUUUUCACCUUCCUACACCGACUCCUCAUAAAGCACAUUCCCGCCAAGAACAAACACUGCUAAAAUACUGUAAAACAGUCUGUUUCCACAGUCACCAACAUUGCUAGGUGGACUCAAUGAUGCUUGUUUCUAUGGAUACCAUUCAACAUUGACCUACACAUACUGGUUCACUGUAAAGUGUUACAAAUCAAGAAAUACAAAAAUCAUAUCAUGAACGUGCCAUUGACUCACAGCCCUCGACCUUCAAUACACUGAAUGAAUAGUGAAAGCAAUAAGCCGGCAGCUUCAGUGUAGUUAAGUGUGCAUGCGACUGCUGUAUAUCCCUGUACUCUGUGUAUUUAGUGGCUUGUGGUGAGCGACAGGGACAUCAGGAGGACGGAUUGAUUAAUGGAGUAAUCAGUCAGUCAGUGGAAUCAUGGACGUUCCCAUGUUUUUUUGUUUUUUGUUGUUGUUGUUGUUUGCUUUAGCUUUGGUUUAGCUUAUGCUAGUGGUAUGGAUCAAGUGAAAGCAAUGACAGGCUGUCUGUUGAAAUAUGUAAAAAAUUAUUGGAUGGAGUGCCAUGAAAUUAGGUAUAGUCAUCCACUCUACCCUCAAGAUGAAAUAUAAUAAUAAUAAAUAUCACUUUGACGGUU